GCUUCUGGUUCUCUUCAGGUUACCUUCCACUACCGCACUAUGCUUUGCAGUUCAGAUCAGAAAGUACUAGAUGACAGUCGUACCCGGGACAAGCCUAUGGAGCUGAUCUUCGGCAAGAAAUUCAAGCUGCCUGUCUGGGAAACCAUCUUGCACAGCAUGCAGGAGGGCGAGGUGGCUGAAUUCUUGUGUGACACAAAGCAUGUGGUCUUAUAUCCGAUGGUGUCCAAGAGCCUGAGGAACAUUGCAGCUGGGAAAGAUCCUCUGGAGGGACAACGACAUUGCUGUGGCAUUGCCCAGAUGCACGAACAUCAUUCGCUGGGUUAUUCAGACCUUGAUGAGCUCCAACAGAACCCACAGCCCCUCAUCUUUGCCUUUGAAGUGCUCAAGGUGGAAAGGCCUGGCAUGUACCGGCAGGAUCCAUGGGCUAUGUCAGAUGAGGAGAAGUUGAAGGCUGUGCCCCUGAUCCACCAGGAGGGCAAUGAGCUCUACAAGGAAGGCAAAGUGCAAGAAGCGGCUGCCAAGUACUACGAUGCAAUCGCUUGCCUGAAGAACCUGCAAAUGAAGGAGCAGCCAGGAUCUCCUGACUGGAUCCAGCUGGACCAACAGAUUACUCCUUUAUUGUUGAAUUACUGCCAGUGUAAACUGCUGACUGAGGAGUACUAUGAGGUGCUGGAUCACUGCUCCUCCAUUCUCAACAAGUAUGAAGAUAACGUCAAAGCCUACUUCAAGAGAGCCAAGGCUCAUGCAGCCGUCUGGAAUGCAACUGAGGCUCAGGCCGAUUUUGCCAAGGUUUUGCAGCUGGAUCCAUCGCUGACCCCAGUGGUAACCCGGGAACUUCGCAACUUGGAGACCCGCCUGCGUGCGAAAGAGGACGAGGAUAAGAUCCGUUUCAAAGGCAUCUUCUCCCAGUAGUCCUUGGACCGGCUGCUGAUGCUCUUGCUCAGGACAGCUCUGGCUUUAUAUAUCAGCCUGUCUAGGGAGAAGUUGUAUAAAUGUGGUGUGUGGCUCCUUGUCAGGCUUAUCCCCACCCUCCACACUAACCUUGGAGGGAGCCAGCUUUUCUUGCCAACAGAGUUUGUACUCUCAUGCCAAUAGCACUAUUUGCUACUGCCAGGGUUAGGUAUGGCAAGAAAGGCAUUUCAGAUUCUCAAAGCCAAAGCAGGGUGGAAAGCAUGUCCAGAAAUGCAUCUGCCACUUAGGUGGGAGCCUAUCGUUCUCCUGUAAUUGAUUUUAUUCUCCUGUCUCGCCACACAUGGUGCCUUUUGGUCAUCUGAGCACAAGGAAGGAAAGUUACUUUCUUGGGCUGGUGUCUUAAGAAAGGGCUGGCAGAAGCUCUGGCUGAAGGGUUUGCUUUGAAUCGAGGCUUCUUUUCCAUCUCCAAAUCUUCUUUCAGCUGCCAGAGAAAAGGCCGGGCAUAGGAGCAUCCGAUCUCUAUAAACAGCAAUGGCUUCCAUGUCUGUGGAUGUGGGCAAGAGAAAAGGGGAUGCCAAGAACGACAAGGUCUGAGAGGUGAUGGGCUCUUGAAUAUCAUCCCUGCUCCCUCUCUUUGAGAGUCACGCAAAGCUCAUACACAAUCUCAGUUAGGUGCCCUUUGCUGCUACUUGAAUAUAUAGGAUUAUACCCCGUAAUCCCCCAGCCACAACUUUCCUGUCUAAAAGAAGCAUAGCAAGCGUCUCUGUUGCAAGUUAAGAAGGGAAAAGCAAAGCAUAUUUUGAAAGGCAGGAGCUCAUGUCUGCUGUAGUGAGGUGGCUGUGCUGGCAAACUCCUCAGUCCAGCCUUGGGGAAGGAAUCUCAUGCUGGUGGAAUCCGAGUUGAAGAGAUGUGUAUGGUCGUUUCCCAGCCUCGGAUUGGUGGAGCUGCUGUAAUUUUCCUGCCAAGAGACUUUUGAAUUCCCACCCAACUCUAUUUAGAUUUGAUAUAUCAGAGACAGAGAGAGAGACAGAGAGAGAAAGAGAAAGAGAGACCUGGUGGGUGUGGCUUCCUAAUUAAAAUAAGAUGAAAUAUUUCCUUCUCUCUUGUAGAAGCUAUAGGAGUAAAGGUGAUGCUAGCUGGCCUAUCUCAUCUACGUAUUGGAGUAGUGUGCUGUACUCCACCCUCAAUAGCUUUCAGCUGCUUUAGAAGUCUCUGCCAUAAAAUCAUCAUUUCUUGAAUGCCAACUUUCCUCCAUUAGUAGUAAUUACUGGCAAAGCAGUCCCCGGACUCAGGUUCUGCGGUCACUCCUUGUUCAAAAUGUGCCCAGUCGAAGUUUUGUUUUUGAGUGGAGCAAGAAGGGGGGAGAUGGGCAUGCAGUCCUGAGCUGUCCCCCCUCCCCCCUUUUUACAGAAACCAGCCUCAGCUUGGGCUGUGGAAUGGUGGUUGUCAGUGCCUCCCUCCAGAAGGAAAACUCUGCACCUGAGUUCCCCCAGCUUGUGUUGUGUGUGCUGCUUGUUGGAGGAAUUGUAUGGGGAUUACUUUGCUGGAUUUGGACAAGAAAAUCCUCACCACUACAAACUGGAGCCUCACUAUUGACUGUCUUGCUUAUGAUGGUGCAGAAUAGUGGCUGAGAGCAAAGGCCCCACCUAGGAACUAGGCUUCCCUAUCCAUUCCCCAUUCUCAAGUAAUGAAGAAUAGUAGCCAUUUGCUGUUGCUGCUGUGAGUGGGACUGGGGUAUAUUUUGACCCCUCUCCCAAAUUUUCUUGGCAGCUUUCCGGUCUAGGAUCAAGGACCUGCUUAGUGUGUUUGUAUCCAUGUGUCUCUGUGUGCGUCUUGGCAAUUGAUUGCAGCCAGGAGACAGAGGGAAAAUUGUUCCUUAAUAAGACAAGAAAAAAGGGACACCUCUGUUGAAUGCAGCUUUCUAUAAUUGGGAACUCUAGCUGAGUUUGGGCUGCCUUUGGGAAGCACAAGGACCUAAAUGAAGAAGCUAUGUAGAGCAGGAGAAUAUUUCUUUUUUUUUCUUUCCUGUGGUGGAGGAGACUGAGAAUUGUUUCCUAUUGGAGACAGGAUAGGGAUGUUUCCUUCCAUCCUGCCUCCUCAAAAUUUCUAUUGCCAAAGUUGCCUGUGAACCUCUCCAGAUUCAGCUAUAGUCCUGUAGCUGACAGUCCACCAAUUUUACUGCUAAAAUUGUUCUUCACCUUCUUUUAAUGGCCAUGAAUUAGAUCUAGUCUGUGUGUAUUUCUCUCACUAAAUUGCAGGGGAUUUCAUGAUUUAGUUUUUAUUUCAAGGGACAACCCCUCCCCACCCCCAAGGUCAAAUAAACUAAUGUAGAUCCAAUCCAUGACUCCUCGGAAGAAAAUACGGCUGGUCUCCCUGUGUAUUUCCCAAAUGUUGGUAAAGCUGUGCAUUUUUAUAGCUAGAGCUGCUCUCCAGAUGUUAGUUCUUGGCUGCUAUUUGCUGUGCCUUCUUUUGUGAGCUCUCAUAGAAUAAAAAUGUGCUUUUGAUAGCUUCUAGACCAGAGUUGUCUGGUGAUGACUACGACAGUGAAAUUUAUCGGUGCGUCUUCAACACCCAAAAUGGAUGGCCAGUGAUGGAAAUGAGAACCCAUCGCUGAAGUGUUUUGUGCUGACAAGAAGGCAACAUGUGACAGAGUUCAAAUAAAAAAAAAGUAUUUUCCUCUCAGA